ACCAGUCAAGAGAACAACAUUUUUGACGAUGAGGAGAGUGAAUGGAUUUGUCGGGUUCUUGCUGCUCAUUGCGAACUUGAGUUCCAGUCAGAUGGUAAACCCGGAACAAAAAGUGCACGGAGUAGAAGGCCAAGUGUCCUGGCUUGAGUGUGACGUGGAGGAGAACAACCUCACAGUGAUCUGGGCCCGAGACAACCAAACCCUGGACACAUCCACCUCUCGAAUCAAGGUGCAAGGUGCCAUGCUGUGGUUUCUACCUGCUGAAAAAGGAGACAGCGGAUUGUAUACCUGCAGGGAAAGCCUCCAGUCGCCUGUGGCGUCCGAAGCGAUUCUCUCGGUUUGGAGCAAGUCCUGUCCUCAGCCAGAUGAUAUUACAACGGUCCAGCAAGGGAACAAUAUGACCAACUUCUGCCAAAAGGACGAGAUCUCCCAGAUUGCUGUGGUUAAUCACAUCAGCUGGAUGAAGGACUGCAAGCCUAUUGAAAGCGAAAGACUUGUAAACAUUACGCCCAGUGAUGCAGGAAACUACACCUGUGUGAUGAAUUUGACCUAUGAAGGGAAGAGCUACCUGGCUUCGCAAACUACUUUACUACAAGUAAAAAAUGAUCCUCCUCUGCAGCCACCUGCAGUGAUUUACCCGAAAGAGAGCACAAUAUACAUAUCUCCAGGUCAGCCAGCUAAUCUGAGUUGUGAAGCAUCCCUUGGUCUUAAUAAGGAAAUAGUGACUGAAACUAUAACUUACUGGAUUGUCAACAAUUCCUUUAUUGAUGCAUAUCCAGGACUGAAGAAUCAUGCUCAUUCGACUAUCACAAUCAGAGAUGGGAUGUACUACUCAGUCAGCAACCUCUCAAUCACGGUGGUCCAACAGGAGUUCUUUCACAUCCCUUUCCGAUGCAAAUUUGCCAAUCCAGUGGGAGAAGCUUACAAAGAUUUGUGGCUGAAACCAAGUGAACCAAUUGGCAGUCGUGUUUUUUACAGCUGCCUCAUCAGCCUCGCAGCUCCCAUGUUGGCCAUCAUUGCUGUGCUUUGGUUCUUACGAUGCCGCUGAUGCAAAGAGAAACUAACUAACAUGUCCGGCGAGGCCAACGGCUCUUGGUACGCUGACACCUUCAUACCCGUGUCCUUCCAAAGGUCCUUAAAUCCAUCAAACAGAGGAAGAGGACAGAGGCUUGAAAUAUCAUCCCUGACUGCUGAGUUGAAUGUGUAUUAUAUGUUGACAAAUGUGUCCAGUGCUGCAUUUAAUAGACAGAGGAAGAGGUGGUGUCUUAUCUGAACAUCCUGCCAUACAUCCUAAUUUAGAAGUUAUAGGUUCUCUUUUUUUUUUUUUACGUUGUUACAUAAUAAAUAUUUAAAGUAUAGCCUAGUUGUAGUAGAGUGCAUGUGCACUAGGCGUUAGUGAAGGUUGUAGGCCUAUACUUGUGUUUCAGAAGAAAUGUGUUCAUGCCUGUCAUGUAAUUUUAUUAAGGUCUUCUGUUUUAUCUGUAGCCUGAAAUUGUACAAAGAGCAAAAGUAGUCGAUGCAUUACUAAACGCAGUUUGUGCAACCUCUUGUCUUUAACAUACAGUAGGCUACUGCAGUAUAGUUCUCUAAAUAAACACUAGGUGGCACUGUAAUAGACAGUUUUUGUCACUAUAGUCGGCUUAGAAUCACAUCGUAGUAGAAGUUGCAUGCAAUUCACCGUGUCCAUCCCUGGAGCUACAGUUGACCUCACCUCAGGCUCACAAAUAUUACCGUGGGUUACUUAUUACAUGGUGACAUUAAAAUCCAUGCAUUGUA